AUGGGCUGCGGUGGCUCCAAGGUCGACAACUUGCCGCUAGUCACUUUCUGCAGAGAGCGCAAGGACUUCAUCAAAACGGCGUCGGAUACCCGCUACGCUCUCGCCGCAGCCCACCUCUCCUAUUUCCACUCCCUUAAGCACAUCGGCGACGCCCUCUGCAAGUUCGUUGACGAAGACCUCAUAAUCUCCGGCGCCGGCGGGUCUUCUUCGCCGCCGGGAUCUCCCGUUCUCACGUUGCCCUCCGACGAAGGCAAGCCCAGAAGGCACCCUCACAAAAACGACAAACACUCGUCGUCGUCUACCUCGAUUUCGCACUCUGUUUCGGUCGAUUCGCCGAAGGAGGAGGACAUUGAAGACUCGCACUUGCAUUUGUCAUCUGGGUCCGGCUCGGAUUCUGACUUGGACUCGCCUUCGGGUCACAUUCACAUAGAGGAGAGCCCAGAACAAGAGGUACCUUCUUCUUCUUCGUAUGGUUACCCUCCGACUUCGCAUAUGUAUUACAUGAGAAGGUCUGAGACACCGAUGCAGACGGUGUCUUAUGAAGAGCCGGGGAGAUAUCCGGCCCAAAAUGGUCCGUACCCGGAUCCUUAUCCGGGUUAUUCGGGUUAUCAGCCGUAUGGAGGUGGUGGGUUUUUUGGGUACCCAGUGGGGUCACCCAUCACAAGUGAGUAUCCGUACAAUCGGCGGCCUCCGAGCCCGCCGCCGUCGGAUCCUCCUCCGGCACCGCCUUCACCUCCGAAGACCUCCACUUGGGAUUUCCUGAAUGUGUUUGAUUCUUUUGAUAAUAGUGGUUAUCUGGGUUACAAUCCGAGGGCUAGAUACGGGUAUGGGUCCACCACAAGUAGUCCGGACUCGAAGGAGGUGAGGGAGAGAGAGGGAAUUCCGGAGUUGGAAGAUGAGACAGAGCAAGAAGUAAUGAAAGAGGUUCACAAGGAGAAGAGGAAGGCAAAUGAGGAUGGUUAUUUGAGUAGGAAUCGGAAUUCGGGUGAAGGGACUUCAAGGGGUGUGCGAUUGCAGCAGCCAAGCAGUGAGGGGAGUUCAGGGACAGUGCCAUUGCAUAGCAGUGAGGGGAGUUCAGGGACGGUGCCAUUGCAUAGCAGUGAGAGGAGUUCAGGGACAGUGCCAUUGCAUAGCAGUGAGAGUUCACAAUCUGUCCAAGGGAAGGAGAUAAAGAGCAGUCCAGAUACAAUUGGAUCGAAAAACUCUGAAGAGGAGGGUGCCAAGAAAAAAAGAGUGAGUUUUGAGUUUGAAGCGCCAUCGAUAUUGGGUGUUGGAUCUUCUAAAGGGAGUAGCUUAACCACAUUGUCAGUCCACGGUACAAGGGAUCUUCAAGAGGUUGUAAAGGAGAUCAGGGAUGAGUUCGAGACUGCCUCUAGUUAUGGGAAAGAGGUUGCCAUGUUGCUUGAGGUGGGCAAGUUACCUUAUCAGCCUAGAGGCGCGGCACUCAAAGUGAUCUUUUCCAGGAUCCUGUACCUUGUAGCACCUUCCAUGUUGUCGUCACAACCUCCAUCCGGGCAACCAGUAAGACUAACUUCUAAGACAAUGAAAAUGGCAAAAGCAUACCAGGGAGAACCUGGCAAAGAUUUCAACAAGAAGUCUGGAAACCUCUCAUCAACUUUGGAGAAACUUUAUGCAUGGGAGAAAAAGUUAUACAAGGAAGUUAAGGACGAAGAAAAGCUACGGGUUGACUAUGAAAAGAAGUGCAAGAGAUUGAAAAGUCUAGAUUAUCAUGGAGCUGAGUCUGCUAAGAUUGAUGCCACCCAGGCUUCUGUACGAAAGUUGCUAACAAAAAUUAAUGUUUGUAUCAGAGCUGUUGAUACCAUAUCGAGCAGGAUACAUAAAUUGAGGGAUGAAGAAUUGCUUCCCCAAGUCACGGAAUUGAUUCAUGGAUUGAUAAGAAUGUGGAAAUCCAUGCUUAAAUGCCACCAGAAACAGUUCCAAUCUAUUAUGGAGAGCAAAAUUCGAUCUCUUAAAGUAAAUACCGGCCUUCGAAGAGAUUCCGGUUUGAAAGCUACUCUUGAACUUGAAAUGGAGCUUCUGAAAUGGUGCACCUCCUUUAACAAUUGGGUUAACACCCAAAAAUCAUACGUGGAGUCCUUAAAUGGGUGGCUUUUAAAGUGCAUUAAUCAGGAACCUGAAGUAACUCCUGACGGAGUUGCCCCUUUCUCCCCAAGCAGGAUGGGAGCUCCACCCAUUUUUGUAGUCUGCAAUGAUUGGUGCCAAGCAAUGGAAAGAAUUUCCGAAAAGGGAGUGGCAGAUGCGAUGCAUGAUUUUGCUUCAACCUUGCACCAGUUAUGGGAAAGGCAGGAUGAGGAGCAACGUCAAAGGAUCAAAGCCGAGUAUGUCUCCAAGAAUUUGGAGAGCCAACUUAGAAAAUUGCGUAUGGAGAGGGCAAAGAGAGAGCACGACCAUGAUGCAUCAACAGACAAAACUGCUCUGUCAAAGGCUCCUUCUGAGAGUGGAGUUUCACCACUGGAUGAUCUGAAGGUGGAUUUGGAUUCGAUGAGGAAGAGAUUAUCCGAGGAAAAAGCAAGGCAUAAGGAGGCAAUCAAAUUGGUUAAUCACGCAGCUUCCAACAGUUUGCAAGCAGGAUUGGUCCCAAUUUUUGAAACCUUGAAUAAUUUCACUUCAGAGGCUUUGAAAGUUCAUGAGCAAGUCAGACUUCAAGAUGCCGGAGGCUCAUAG